AUGGAUGAACGACUAAUAAGAGUUGGAGUCUUGGAGGAGAGGAAGACGAAAGAAGAGGCACUCUCCAUAGGCGACUCUGUUUUGGGUUCUACCAGUGGGCCAGAGCACUCAGAUUUCCAGGUCUUGGAAGAAAAGAACGACGGCAUACGUGAACUUGAGUUUAAAUUGCAAAAUGCCCCUAAACUAUCCCUCAAUGUAAUUAAUUCCUUUUUCACUAAUCAGGAUAAUUACACGGUUACCGCAUCCUCUCGUGUUUGCUUUGAAGAAAUUUACAAUCUAUCCUCUAUGUUUAUGAAAAUUUACAUGAUCAUCAAUGCAUGA